UCACGGGAAUUUGGGCUUCCAAACAAGGCCCCAAAGGCCCAGCAAACUUCUUACUUCUGUGACCUGGAUCGGACGGCCAGGGUGUCGCUUCUCCUAAUCCAACGGCGCUACCGGACUCGCACGCCACUUUAUAGGCCACUCCCACCGCCGAACCCUAGUUUCUGUUUGGACUUCCGCCGCGCUUCGCCCUCUCGCUCCAGCCGCUUCACAGCGUCGCCGCCGCAGCUCGCCUCUCCGACCGCCGCGAGGAUGCCGUUCAAGAGGUUCGUGGAGAUCGGGCGCGUGGCCCUGGUGAACUACGGCAAGGACUAUGGCCGCCUCGUCGUCAUCGUCGAUGUGGUCGACCAGAACAGGGCACUUGUGGACGCCCCUGAUAUGAUCAGGUGCCAGAUAAACUUCAAGCGUCUUUCACUUACUGACAUCAAGAUUGACAUCAAACGUGUCCCCAAGAAGACAACCCUGAUCAAGGCGAUGGAGGAAGCUGACGUGAAGACCAAGUGGGAGAACAGUUCAUGGGGCAAGAAGCUGAUCGUUCAGAAGAGGAGGGCAGCGCUCAAUGACUUUGACAGGUUCAAGGUCAUGCUGGCAAAGAUCAAGAGGGGUGGUGCUAUCAGGCAAGAGCUCGCCAAGCUGAAGAAGGCAUCCACGGCUUAGUCUCCUUCAGUGGAUGGCAUGUUACAGUUUUUGGUUCUGAGUUGUAUCAGCAAUUCGAUCGAGUGUUGUCAAAGCCAGAAUUAGUAAUAUGUUUCCUGUGAACCCAUUUCAAACUUUGUCAAGCAUGGGUGUGUUCUGGAUAUUUUGUCGUGAAUGUUAUGGAAUAUCUAAGGUAGCCUGUGACAAAUGUGCGAUCCUUACAAUUUCUGUUUUGUUUAUUGCUAGUGUUUUUAGGCAACCAGGGUAUUGGCAUAAUCGAUAUUGCGAUCCUGCCUAAGCUGUCAUUUCUUUUUCACUGCUUGCAUGCCUAUGUGGUCUUUUGAA